AUGGGGAAGGGAUGGGGAGGCCAGGCCAGGCCCCUGGAUGAGGACGGACGUUGGCCAUGUGCCCGCCUUGUCUGGGUGAGAAGGCUGUCUGGGGCCAGGCCCCAGAGCCUGGGAACAUUGGGAGGGGACCUGGGGGAGAGCCCGAGCUGUCUCCUGGCCUCUGAGCUCACCCUGGACCUGUCCGCCAGGCACCACCAGCCCCAGAAGACUGAGAAACCUCCGAGUGGGUCUCCCUGUGGCCAGAUCUUCACAGAGGCCACCGUUUUCUCAGAGCCCCCCCACUGGACCCCAUCAGAUUCUGCCCAUCCCCCCUUAAACUUAAACCCUCAGGCUGUUUCCCAUCGCACUUAG